CGACGACGACCAACAAUGUUGCGGGUGUCUUCGUCGUCGUCUAGGACGCUGCUCAAGGCAGCGUCGACAGCUUCUUCUGCAGCUCGCCCGCUCCGCGCCAAAUAUCGAAAUCCCAGUCGGUCGUUGGCGACCGCUGUCGACCCACCUGUGCGACGCUAUGGCGGUCUCAAAGACCAGGACCGAAUCUUCACAAACGUGUAUUCGAGACACGACCACGGAAUCAAGGGUGCCAUGUCUCGCGGUGACUGGCACAAAACCAAGGAAAUUUUGCUGAAAGGCGACGCUUGGAUUAUCCAGACUAUCAAAGACUCGGGCCUGCGGGGUCGUGGCGGCGCCGGUUUCCCCAGCGGUUUGAAAUGGAGUUUUAUGAACAAGCCAGGUUGGGAAAAGGACCCACGACCUCGUUACUUGGUUAUCAACGCCGACGAGGGAGAACCGGGAACGUGUAAAGACCGUGAAAUUCUUCGCGGAGACCCACACAAACUUAUCGAAGGAUGUCUCGUCGCCGGUCGAGCAAUGAACGCCAACGCAGCCUACAUCUACAUUCGCGGUGAAUUCUACCAAGAAGCGUCCCAUGUCCAGCAGGCCAUCAACGAGGCCUACGCUGCUGGCUUCAUCGGCAAGAACGCGUGCGGCUCCGGCUACGAUUUCGACGUCUACGUCCACCGUGGUGCUGGUGCCUACAUUUGCGGUGAAGAGACUGCGUUGAUCGAGAGUUUGGAGGGCAAGCAAGGGAAGCCGCGUUUGAAGCCCCCCUUCCCGGCUGACGUCGGCCUCUUCGGUUGCCCGACCACCGUCGCCAACGUCGAGACUGUCGCGGUCGCACCCACUAUUUGCAGGCGAGGUGGAAGCUGGUUUGCAAGCUUUGGACGUCAGCGUAAUGAGGGUACCAAGCUGUACUGCAUCAGUGGACAUGUCAACAACCCCUGUGUGGUGGAGGAGGAGAUGAGUAUUCCGUUGAAGGAUCUCAUUGAGAAGCACUGCGGCGGCGUCCGAGGUGGAUGGGACAACCUUCUUGGUAUUGUUCCAGGAGGUUCUUCCGUACCUAUCAUCCCCAAAGAUGUCUGCGCAGAGGUCUUGAUGGACUUUGACUCGUUGAAGGAUGCCCAAACUGGUCUCGGCACUGGCGCCGUCAUCGUCAUGGACAAGAGCACCGACGUCGUCCGCGCCAUCUCUCGAUUCGCCGACUUCUACAAGCACGAGUCUUGCGGCCAAUGCACGCCCUGCCGUGAAGGAACGACAUGGAUGAAGAAGAUGAUGGAUCGUAUGGUCGAGGGUCGGGCCCACCAGCGCGAAAUCGACAUGCUCCUCGAGCUCACGAAACAAAUCGAAGGUCGCACCAUCUGCGCUUUGGGUGACGCCGCUGCUUGGCCCAUCCAAGGCUUGAUGCGCCACUUCCGACCUGAGGUCGAGCGCCGUAUUGCCGAGUUCCAGGCUGCCAAUGGCCUCGUUGGCUUCGGUGGACACCUUGCCAGCGCUGCUGACGAUACCCUCGCUCUCCCCGACAACCUCGGUCUCCGUGUCGCGGAAUCUUCGUAUGCCAGCCAGCCCAAGGUGACGGCCUAG